AUGCCCCCCAAAUCUGGCAAAAAGGUCGCCGCCGCCCCGUUCCCCCAGGGCAAGGCCGGUAACAAGAAGGGACCCAAGAACCCCUUGAUCGAGAAGCGUCCCCGCAACUUCGGUAUCGGCCAGGACAUCCAGCCCAAGCGCAAUGUCUCCCGUAUGGUGAAGUGGCCCGAGUAUGUCCGCCUCCAGCGCCAGAAGAAGAUCCUCCAGAUGCGCCUGAAGGUCCCCCCGGCUCUUGCGCAGUUCCAGCACGUUCUCGACAAGAACACCGCUGCCCAGGCUUUCAAGCUUCUCAACAAGUACCGCCCCGAGACCAAGCCUGAGAAGAAGGAGCGUCUCCUCAAGGAGGCCACCGCCGUCAAGGAGGGCAAGAAGAAGGAGGAUGUUAGCAAGAAGCCCUACACUGUCAAGUACGGUCUCAACCACGUUGUCGGCCUCAUCGAGAACAAGAAGGCCUCGCUGGUCCUCAUCCCCAACGAUGUUGACCCCAUCGAGCUUGUCGUCUUCCUGCCUUCCCUGUGCAAGAAGAUGGGUGUUCCCUAUGCCAUUGUCAAGGGCAAGGCCCGUCUCGGCACUGUCGUCCACAAGAAGACUGCCGCCGUUCUGGCCCUUACCGAGGUCCGCUCCGAGGAUAAGAGCGAGCUGUCCAAGCUCGUCUCCGCUGUCAAGGAUGGCUUCAUGGAGAACCACGAGAACGCCCGCCGCCAAUGGGGUGGUGGCAUCAUGGGUGCCAAGGCCCAGAUGAAGAUCCACAAGAAGCAGAAGGCUCUUGAGGCUGCCACCAAGAUCUAA